CAAAACGGAAACAAAAUGGAGGCAAAAAGGAAAACAAAUACAACUUCUUCCUUUAAAUACUUAAAAUUAUGUUCUAUUACCAUUCUGGUGAUGACAAUAUGUGUAUAUUCGUGGUCAUUAUAUGAUAGAUUAUCUAAAAGACAACAGACCAAUGAAUCUUCAGUAUGGAGUUUGUCGAGCCUGCCAUGGAUGUCGAAAGAUACAAACAAUUUAAAAAGUUUACUUGAAAUAGUAAAAGAAGAUCUACAUACAAUUUAUUUCGUACUUUUUUCAUCUGUUUGUUUUCUUGUUCCAAGGGAGACAACCUCAAUUAUAUCAGCGGUGUUUAUGACAGCGACAAUUGUUACAUUUUAUUAUACAAAACCAAUAGCAAAAGACAUUGAUAUUGAAAACGAUUUUAUUAUCAUUAAAGAAGAAACCAAUGUCCUUAAACGUACCAGAACUAAAGUUACAAAUGUGACAUCAAACAUAUAUCCUACAAAAUUAUAUAGCUUAUUAUCAUUUAAGAAAAUUUUCUUUUUGAUAGUAUUUGUAAUGUUUUUAAUAAGUAUUCCAAUUGAAUAUGUUCGACUAUUCCAAACGGAAGCAGCUAAAAGAAUGGCAGUAAUGGGGAAGGGAGUUCCAAGUGAGUGUUAUCCAGAACAAAUGACGGUCACAGAAAGUGUUAGGUAUUGGAUGGUGUCACAGUUGUCAUGGCAACAUGAUCCUUGUGAGAAAUAUCAUACAGCUAUAUUAGUGGAUCCAUUAUGGGAGAUAACUCCGCUAAUGGUUCUGUCAUCAGUGAUAACAAGAUCUCUCCUUCAUCCAAUAGAACUUUUCUUUGAAGGAAUUGGAAAAAGUUUAAGACUUUUCUUCAAUGAAAUACCAGCACAGUGGCAGCCCGUUAUGCUAAUUAUUAUAGUUGUAGUAUCUUUAUUGACAAUAGUAAUUAUGUGUGGAUACAAAAUAAAACUACCUUUUAUAUUACAUAUAGAACCAAAUACUCCUUGCAAGACAAAAAUUAAAAACGGUCAUGAUUCUAUAGAUGGCCAUUCAAAGACAAAAUAAUGUUGAUAGAAUAGAGAGAAUAUUCGAAGUAAAAAUCAUGAACAAAAUAAAUUAGAUAAAAUAUUGCGUUUUACCGAAUUACAUUGUACCGACAAAACAAUAGUGUUGGAUGGGAGGCUGCAAAACAAUGUCUAUGCAAUAACUCUU